CGACAUUUUGACUUGUUGGAGCACAAUGUUCUGGCCUUCAGUAUGGCCUUUGCUAUCACUAGGGUGAAGUAAUUUACUAUUUAUCUCGGGUGCUGUAACAUUGUGCCUUCACUCUGAGCCAGAGUUCCUGAUGCUUGCGCAAGCUGACUACUGACCUUGCCUGUGUUCUUGCGUCUGAUGUGUUCCUGUUCCGCCCCGGCAGAGCCUGUCCCGAGCACGUCUCGUGGAGUCCUCCAGCAGCAAGCCGUCCCUAGAGAGCCUGUCCCAAGCACGUCUCGUGGAGUCCUCCAGCAGCAAGCCGUCUCUAGAGAGCCUGUCCCAAGCACGUCUCGUGGAGUCCUCCAGCAGCAAGCCGUCGCUAGAGAGCCUGUCCCAAGCACGUCUCGUGGAGUCCUCCAGCAGCAAGCCGUCGCUAGAGAGCCUGUCCCAAGCACGUCUCGUGGAGUCCUCCAGCAGCAAGCCGUCGCUAGAGAGCCUGUCCCAAGCACGUCUCGUGGAGUCCUCCAGCAGCAAGCCGUCGCUAGAGAGCCUGUCCCAAGCAUGACUGAACCCAGUCUGACUCGGCUUCACGACCCAGUCAGCACGACUCCGCCAGUCGUCGUUCAAGAACUAGCGCCAAGCACAUCUUGGUCCUCAUCGCAGGAGCUGCCAUCUACACCACCAGGAAGGGGCCGGAGCUGAAUCCGCAAGGCUUUUACGCCACGCACAAAGAAGCGGAUGCAAAAAUAUUUGGAGGAAAUAGCAAG